AUGGUUAACAUCUCCUACUUCCCGAGCUUCCUACCGAUGGAGAACAGGCCUCCUCCGUCGCAUGUUGAGAUAAACGCCGCACAACUCGAACUUGUCCUUCAAGCGGCCACCGCGUCCGAAGCUACACUCAAAGCUGGAUCAUCCACCAGCAUCGUAACCACUACAGCUCUCGUCAGUUCAACCGUCGAGUGGCUUGAGAAUGCAGCUGAAAAGCUCCGUCUCCGGUUGCAGUACAUGGUCGCUUUGCAGAACGAGCAAGCGAACUUCAUGGCUCCAGUGGCACGUCUUCCCGAAGAAAUACUGCGAAUCAUAUUCCGAUACAAUGUCGACUGCCGCUGCACUUAUAUUGGCGACUACCCCACGAUCUCCACGGUUACAAACUGGAUGCGGUUGGGACAGAUUUGUCGCCUUUGGCGACGCAUCACCUUUGACAUGUCUGCCGUCUGGGCCGAAAUAAUAUACGGUGCCGGCGGACGGAAGGCCACACACACAUUACUACCCCUCGCACGAUCGGCCUUAUUGAACCUCCGAACGACCGAGUGCCUCCUUCAUAGCGAUUUGGCCAGUACGAUUCCUGGACUAUUCCAUCGCGCCCGAAGGAUAUCACAUUCGUCUCGCACUCCCGGUGACGCAAAUAGAUUCAUAGACCUGAUCACCUCCCAACCAUUGCCUCAUCUUCGCGUACUCGUGUUCACGCCGCGUACCGGCUUCUAUAUGGCGAAUCUCGGUCUACACAUAAACUUGCGUUUUCUCACGCUCAGUCAUGUCGUCAUACAGCCAUCCUUUCCGUGUGGCCUUACCCGUCUUGAUCUAAGUUACUCCGACGAGGAAUGGGUUGAUGGCGAGUCCAUGGGGGACUAUCUCGAGACUAUAACUGGAAUCCUCUCACAUAAUCCCGCACUUCAAUAUAUAUCCAUCACCUGGAGUACUGAAGAUUCCGACUGGCCUCUAGAAUCUGAUCACGGCGAUCACGCUCGCAUCUUCCUGCCAGCUUUGCGCGAGAUCUACUUCGAUCAAUGGCCCCCCACGCAUACAUUAAGCGCGCUUAAUCACAUUCGGGCUCCAAUGCUUGAAGUGGUGACAAUCCGCGAGAGCAACUCGUACCGCGGCGCUGUUCCAAUCCUGCAGGCAUUUGCAAGCGCCAUUCGCGCCUGGUGUGCGCACGACACUCAGGCUGGCUCGAAAUUGGAGACAGCCAUCAUACCAUCGGACCAACUCACCGUGAGCCUCGACAGCGCGCUUUUAAUUAUGGGCUGGUGCGGUGACGACUUAUACGACAAUUUGGACAAGUUGUGCAAGGAGUACAAGGUCUAUUGCUCGGCCAGUGGGCACGACUCCCGGACGGGGUUCGAUAGCUCCUUUCGACGUGGUGACCGUCAGGCCGAUGUGCAAGACUGA